GUCAUUAUGCUCAAUCAAGACGAGGCAGCAGCUCUCUUCGGUGAGGACAUGUCCGCGAGCGACAUUUGCGCGGCUCUGUCGGAGCACUGUGAACUCGCCGUCCUCACCUUGGGCUCCGCCGGCCUUUGGGUCGCCCAAGAGCGAGGGCCGCCGGAGUUUCAGCGCGUGGAGCCACUCGCAGAGGUGGUGGAUAGUACCGGGGCUGGGGACUUCUUUGCCGGCGGCUUUCUGGCGGCUUGGCUACGCCAAGAGCCUUCGAACUGCACGCCCUGGGGCUACGCUUCCGCCACGGCAGUGCUCCAGGUCUUUGGCACAGACCUUGGCCCGGAAGGAUGGCAUCGACUCCGCACGAGCUGCGCCGAAACGACGGCAAAACACUUUCCGC